GGACAUGGGUCGCACGUCGGCGACCCACGUCCGGUGGCCGGGCUCCCUCUUAGGCUUCUGUCGAUUGAGACACCUAGUGGUUUUCUUGAGAAUUGAGCAAGUCUUAUUGGUGAGGGGGCUGAUCUCAAAGUCGCUGGUGCAAACUCUAGUAUCACUCACUUUCUGGGGCCCCAGCACAGAGCUUUCUCCGCAAAGGAGCGUUGCAAAAAAAAGGAGCCUUCGGUGAUCACGACGAGGAUAUAAAGUCACAGAAUAUUGCGCUCUACCUUGGUGUUGUUCGAGGAGCCCUCUCCUGAAUUCCACAUCAUACACUCUACCUAGAAAAUAGAAACGAUGGGAAUCGAAGAGCAUCAAACUAUGCCUAUCGGGCCAGCCACGUCGCUGCACACUGAAACCACCGAGGGAAAUCUCAACGAAGGCAAGCCCAGUAUACAACAUGCAGACGACGCGCUGGCUUUUGUCACCGACCAUGAAAACGUUGCUUGGACCAGGGAAGAGGAGGCAAAGGUGCUGAGGAAGAUUGAUCUUGUCAUCCUACCCCUCGUAUGUUCUCUCGAUUUGGCAAGCUGCAAGCGGUCCAACAGCGACAGCACUGACACACCCCGCAGCUGUUCUUUGGAGCCAUCAUUGGAUACUCGGACAGUCAAGUCUAUGGAUUCGCAGCCCUCUUUGGGCUCGUUCAAGACCUGAAACUUGCUGUGCCCAAGUUCCAGGAUGGCCAGGUUAUCCUCGACAUGUCACGGUAUCAGUUUACGGCGGCCAUCCCAACUCUGGGCGCCGUAGCAGGCCAGUACCCCCUCCUUCUGUUAGUUCAGCACCUCCACAUCGGCCGUUUCUUCGGGAUAGUGACGAUCUUCACGGGCGUUCUGACCCUGCUCACCAUCACCUGCAAAGACUUUGCCGACAUCAUGGCCUUGAGAUUCUUUACCGGACUUUCUGUUGUCACGCAGCCACUCUCCAUCCUGGUCACCUCCAUGUGGUGGAAGAGUCAAGAGCAGCCACUUCGAGCGGGCGUUUACAUCUCGGGCACUGCCCUCGGCGCCCUCGUCGGGCAGGGAGUCGAUCUUGGUGCAGUCAACAUCAAAGGCGCGUAUGCGGCGAGUCCCUGGAAGUGGAUUUACAUCAUUCUCGGCCCCAUCACCAUCGCGUUCGGCUUUGUUGUGGUGGCAUUGUUUCCAGCCUCGCCAAUGAAUGCUUGGUUUCUCACUGCGCGAGAGCGAGAGAUCGCCGUCGGACGACUCCUGCAAAACAAUACCGGCAUGAAGACUCGCAAAUGGAAGUGGGCACAUCUUCGUGAAGCUUAUCUUGAUCCCCAACUUUACGUGCUGUCUAUUUACAGCUUCACGUUCGCCUUUGUCAAUCUCUCCAUUGGCAGCUUCGGUGGCUUCUUGGUCACUUCCUUUGGCUACUCGAGCAAGCAGUCGAUUGUGCUGAGCAUGCCAGGGAGCGCCAUAGCCGUAGUCUGCCUGAUUACAUCUGGCUACCUCGGCUCUCGUUUUCCGACCCAAAGGCUAGUCAUAGCAAUCUCAUAUCUAAUCCCUGCCAUGGUUGGCAAUAUACUAUUGUGGAAAAGCGACCGAUCCAACAAGGCCGCUCUUCUCGGAGGGCUCUACAUUUCGGUGAUGGUGUACGGUGCUCUCGUGCAAAUGUUCGCGCUGCUGGCCUCCAACGUGGCUGGGUACUCCAAGAAGACCGUCGUCAACGCCACGAUAUUCGUCUUUGCCAAUUGCGGUGCGUUUGCAGGACCCUGGGCCUAUAAAAGUGAUGAGGCCACCCGAGGAUAUCCCACCGGCCAGAUUACGACUCUUUCUCUUCUGUGUGCAAGUGCCGCAGGCUUCGUGGUGUUGAGGCUAUUUUAUCACCGCGAGAAUUUGAAGAAGGCUCAAUUGAGAGAAGCGCAUCCAGAAUACAUCACAGAUCCUAGCAUUGCGCUUGCUGAUCUGACAGAUAAGGAGAAUCCCAUCUUCCAAUACAUGACUUGACACGGCGAUGACACGGGGCUCUGCUUCGUGUUCAUGGACAGACUGUGGGGAAGGUCGAAGCAGCAUAUAUCAUACAGAGGCAUGGGAAGCAGCGUAUAUAAUACAGAUGGGGUGGGUAGGUUGUGGUGGUAUGGCAGAAAAGUAGAGUGCGUACAUAGUAGAUGUGCAAGAUAGGAACGGGAAAAGGCCUUUUUGGGGGCAUGCGACUCCAAUGAC